GGGAUUCCACUCGUGGCAAGGGGUCUGCUGUGAGGUCUGGGCAAAAUGGCAAGCCUUCUGCGUAUUGCUGUUAGUGGGUGCUCAACUCCUGUGUUUGGCAAUGUGUUACCACCUAAGGUGCAUUCUGCAAAGAUGCCGUGUUUGCGAAUGUUUAGAACCCACCAGAUGCUCACAUCUCAGGCAGCUCCAAAGCCAGGAAUUCCUUAUAAACAGCUGACUGUAGGUGUCCCCAAGGAGAUAUUUGAGAAUGAGAAGAGAGUGGCUCUAUCACCGGCUGGAGUUCAAGCCUUGAUUAAACAAGGCUUCAAUGUUGUGGUGGAAUCUGGUGCUGGAGAAGCUUCCAAAUUUUCUGAUGACCAUUACAGAGAAGUUGGAGCAAAGAUCCAGGGGACCAAGGAAGUCCUGGCUUCUGAUUUGAUUGUCAAAGUGAGGGCUCCUAUAUAUAACUCGGCUCUGGGUGUACAUGAGGCAGAUCUUUUUAAGACAGCGGCUACCCUGGUUAGUUUUAUCUACCCAGCACAAAAUCCAGACCUCCUGAAAAAACUUGCAGAAAAAAAAACUACUGUCUUGGCUAUGGAUCAGGUUCCACGGGUCACCAUUGCUCAGGGAUAUGAUGCACUUAGCUCCAUGGCCAACAUUGCUGGUUACAAGGCUGUAGUACUGGCAGCAAAUCACUUUGGUCGAUUUUUCACGGGUCAGAUCACAGCUGCUGGUAAAGUUCCCCCAGCAAAGGUCUUGAUCAUCGGAGGAGGAGUUGCUGGCCUGGCUUCUGCAGGAGCAGCUAAAUCGAUGGGUGCGGUGGUUCGUGGAUUUGACACUAGAGCUGCAGCUCUGGAACAGUUCAAGUCUCUCGGUGCUGAGCCUUUGGAAGUGGACUUAAAGGAAUCUGGAGAGGGACAAGGUGGUUAUGCUAAAGAAAUGUCCAAAGAAUUUAUUGAAGCUGAAAUGAAACUCUUUGCCAAGCAGUGCCAAGACGUUGAUAUUAUCAUCACUACAGCUCUUAUUCCAGGCAAAAAAGCUCCCAUCUUGUUUAAGAAAGAUAUGAUUGAAUUGAUGAAGGAGGGUUCAGUCGUCGUGGAUUUAGCUGCAGAAGCUGGGGGAAACAUUGAGACUACAAAGCCUGGAGAAAUGUAUGUUCAUAAGGGUGUUACACACAUUGGCUACACAGACCUGCCUAGCAGAAUGGCUACUCAGGCCAGUACUCUGUAUUCCAAUAAUAUUAUCAAACUCCUGAAGGCUAUUAGCCCUGACAAAGAAAACUUCUACUUUGAUCCAAAAGAUGAAUUUGAUUAUGGGACUCUGGAUCAUGUUAUUAGAGGAACUGUGGUAAUGAAGGAUGGCAAGGUGAUUUUCCCAGCACCUCCACCAAAUAAUGUUCCUCAAGGACCCCCUGUGAAGCAGAAGACUGUAGCAGAGCUGGAAGCAGAAAAAGCAGCUACUAUUACACCUUUUAGAAAAACUAUGACUAGUGCAUCUCUAUACACAGCAGGUUUAGCUGGCAUGUUAGGACUGGGCCUUGUAGCUCCUAAUACAGCUUUCACACAAAUGGUGACGACAUUUGGCCUAGCUGGAAUAGUGGGGUACCAUACAGUAUGGGGUGUGACUCCUGCUCUUCACUCUCCACUCAUGUCAGUGACUAAUGCUAUCUCAGGACUAACUGCAGUUGGUGGGCUGGUAUUGAUGGGAGGAAACUAUCUCCCUGAAAACACUCCUCAAAGUCUAGCAGUGCUUUCAGCCUUUAUCUCUUCAGUCAAUAUUGCAGGUGGGUUUCUAGUUACACAGAGAAUGCUGGAUAUGUUCAAACGUCCCACAGAUCCUCCUGAAUACAACUACUUGUACCUGCUUCCUGGUGGUGUAUUUGUAGGAGGCUAUGCAGCUGCUCUCAACGGUGGCUAUAAUAUUGAACAGAUCAUGUAUCUGGGCUCAGGCUUAUGCUGUGUUGGUGCCCUGGCUGGUCUGUCCACACAAGGAACAGCUCGACUUGGAAAUGCGUUGGGUAUGAUUGGUGUUGCAGGAGGUUUAGCAGCAACUCUUGGAGGCCUUAAACCCUCACCUGAAUUGUUGGCGCAGAUGUCAGGUGCAAUGGCACUUGGUGGUACUAUAGGUUUGACGAUUGCUAAACGCAUCCAGAUUACAGAUCUGCCUCAGCUAGUGGCUGCUUUCCAUAGUUUGGUUGGUUUGGCUGCUGUGCUCACCUGUGUAGCAGAAUAUAUGAUUGAAUAUCCUCAUUUCGCUACUGAUCCAGCUGCAAACCUCACCAAGGUUGUGGCAUACCUUGGCACAUACAUUGGUGGAGUGACUUUCAGUGGCUCUCUUAUUGCUUAUGGAAAACUGCAAGGUAUCCUGAAUUCUGCACCACUGCUCUUGCCUGGUCGACAUGCAUUGAAUGCAGGAUUGCUGGCUGCCAGUGUUGGUGGAAUGGUUCCGUACAUGAUUGAUCCUAGUUACACUACAGGAAUUACUUGCUUAGGUUCUGUGUCAGCUCUCUCAGCCAUAAUGGGUGUCACUUUAACAGCAGCUAUUGGAGGUGCUGACAUGCCUGUCGUUAUUACUGUCCUGAACAGUUACUCUGGAUGGGCUUUGUGUGCUGAGGGCUUCCUACUGAACAACAACUUGCUGACCAUUGUUGGUGCACUUAUUGGCUCCUCUGGGGCCAUCCUCUCUUACAUCAUGUGUGUGGCUAUGAACCGUUCCCUUGCAAAUGUGAUUCUAGGGGGCUAUGGCACCACGUCAACAGCUGGUGGAAAGCCCAUGGAAAUUACUGGAACCCACACAGAAAUCAAUGUGGACAAUGCAAUUGAAAUGAUAAAGGAAGCCAAUAAUAUUAUUAUUACUCCAGGUUAUGGUUUGUGUGCUGCAAAAGCUCAGUACCCCAUAGCUGAUCUGGUGAAGAUGUUGAGAGAACAAGGGAAAAAUGUCAGGUUUGGUAUUCACCCUGUGGCUGGCCGUAUGCCUGGUCAGCUGAACGUACUCCUAGCAGAGGCUGGUGUUCCCUAUGAUAUUGUACUGGAAAUGGAUGAGAUCAACGAAGACUUCCCAGAAACUGACUUGGUCCUUGUAAUUGGUGCAAAUGAUACAGUUAAUUCAGCAGCUCAGGAAGAUCCGAACUCUAUCAUAGCUGGAAUGCCAGUUCUUGAGGUCUGGAAGUCCAAACAGGUCAUUGUAAUGAAGAGGUCUUUGGGAGUCGGUUAUGCAGCGGUGGACAAUCCAAUCUUCUACAAACCCAAUACUGCCAUGUUGUUGGGAGAUGCUAAGAAGACUUGUGAUGCUCUGCAGGCCAAAGUCAGAGAAUCGUAUCAAAGCUAAAUACUGAUUUAUAUUCCUCUCAUGGUUGCAACUACAGUUUUGUCACAGAGGUCAUGGAGAAUAAGAGUUAGAAGAAUCUCUUACUGUCAUAAUGCAGCCAGCAUUUGGAGAAGACUGCAUUGACUCCUAGGAGAUGUUAGUUCAGUCAGGGAAUGUAGGUUUUUAUGAAGGGAUGGGCCUAUUAGCCCCUCAAACUAAAUCUCCCAUGAGGCAAUGCAUUAAAGAACAAAAAUGUCCUUUUUAAGGUUAACAUUGAGCUGUUAAAAGCAGAAACUAAUAACUCGGGGUCAUCUUGAAGUAGUUGCUGCCUUAUUCCUCCUUAUUCUCUGUACUUCUGUCAUGGAAAUUCACUAAAAAAUACUGUGCCAAAAUCGUAUUGUGUCCUAUCAUCAAAGUUGUUCUUUGGCCAGUGUGGACAAAACAACUAUUUAUUUCUUCAAAACUUAAAUCAAAAUUACAAACAGAUGCAAGCAGAUGCAAAUAGAUGCUUACAUGAUUUGAGAUUCUAAACGUAAUAUUCUGUUUGUUUUGUGGAUUGUAUGGAUGCUGUGAAUCAGAACAUUUUAGGAAAGUUACUUUUCUUUACAGUUCCACUUUUUUGUAGUGCCCACUUAUAUUAUGUAAAAUGAAACACAGGAUUUCAGGGACCUACCAAGUGAUCUUCAAGCCUGACAAGGAAAUGUACACUUACUUGCACUGCUUAACUGUUUUAAGCAGCUGCUAAAUUCUCCAUCUUUCCAGUUGUUGCCUUUUUAAGUGUCUGAGGAAAAAUGUGGUCUAGUUCUGGACGGGCAGAACGUCUUGCAUACCUGAUCUCUUAACAGAAUUUGGACCACAGUGUUUCAGUUUAUGUUCACUUAGACUUUUAAUUGUAUUUGCUACUUUAAAAUCUAGCGAUGCUUUCUUAGUUAACAUUUUUGUGAUGCUGGAAAAGGCACUUUUGAACAUAUUUAAGAUGCUGGAGUUUAUUAGGAUUUUUCUAAAUAAGUAAGCUAUUGUUUGGACAGCACAGAAAUGUACCAAACUUAAAAUCCAAUAUUUUGAUUAUUUGACUUCUCCCUAAUCUAACUAAAAGCACCGUUAAAUUCCCAUAAUAAGUUCAGCAAAGAAUUAAA